UAAUAAUAUUGAUUCAUCUGAUAAAAUCCAAAAUGUAGAUUUAGAUGAAGAUAAUAAAGAUGAGGAUAAUGAAGAGUGUGAUUUGCCUUAUAUUUCUGAAGCAAAAUUUGUAGAAAUAUUAGAUGAAGAAAAGGAGGUGGACAUAAUUAAAGAUCAAUAUGAUUCUGUAGACUUAGAUGAUGUUAUUCACCUGACUAUAGAUGAAAAUACGAAAUAG